AGCAGAGAAUUUCAGGUCUCAAUCCAGAUAAGAGACGAAAAAAAAGGAAAAUGAAGAAGACAUUUGUUUGUGAUGAAUCAAUGAUCAUCACCAUUCCCAUUGGGAGUCUGAGGGAUGCCAGAGAGGGUCAACUGAUGCCCGAGAAAUUUCAGUGUGUGUACAGAGAUUCCUACAAGGUCUUUGUUUUGAAGGGGAAACCCAAACCUCUUGGAGCAGCCCAGGCCAUUGCUGGUGUGUUCAUCCUCACUCUCGGUCUGAUUUUCACUCAGACAGAAGACUUCACCAGGUUCUACACCCUACCCAGUGCUGUGUUUGUGGUCUGUGGUAUGCUGUCCUAUGCUGCUGGACAAUCUCCAAACAUUCAUGUGACAAAGCUGUCAUUCUCUCUGAACAUCGUCAGCUUCUUCUGGUCAAUUGCAGCAGUUUGUCUCUGUGCAGUCAAGUUCCAUGUUUCAUUAGAAGAUAGCCCGCACAGUGCUGAGGUCCAUGAAGGAAUCAAGGGACUGAUUAUGACUCUGCUGGUUGUUGAAAAGUUAAUAGCCAUUGUCUUGAUCUACUGGCUGAGCAAAGCUGUAUGCAGAGAACAUUUCAACACUUUGCCCAUCAUACUGCUGAAACAGGGAGACUGAAGGCUUUAAAGGCUUGAUGGAGCGCAACAAACCAACGUUCAACUGUCUAUUUACAUGGUACUUUUAAAUUCCUCUUUACAUCAGAAGUGUAAAACAGUCUAUCAAUGUCAUAUAUACUCCUGAAUAUAUAGCAUGCAAAGAAUGUGAAAUUGAUGCUUGUUUUCAUUUGAAAAAUACGCCAACAGCCGAUUGCACAUGAAUGAGCCACUUCUUGGAUGUAGAUUAGCUGUUAUUUUGUUUGUGUACAUAUUGCAAUGUUUAAUACUUUUAUAACAGUGUGCCAUAAAUAAAAGAAGAAGUGUUGGUAUUUCUGUAGUCCAAAAUUACCUUUAAACCUAAAGUCCUGGAUAAUGUUGCACUGUCUCUACUCCUGGAAGUCAGAUCAUAUUUUAAAUUUCUUGUAUUGUAAUCAUUGUUUGCUUUUAUUCAGUAAAGGUGCAUACAGGUGCAUCGGAAAAAAACUUCAGCAGGUCAAGAAAGAAAAAAGAUUGCCGCACACUUUUGCCAAACUUGCAAAAUAUUUAAUGGGACAGGGCAGCUACGUUUCGGUCAUUACAACCUUCGUCAGGCAGAGCUGCCACUCUGCAAAACAGAUAAAAUAUUUACUGGGACAGGGCAGCUAUGUUUCGGUCAUUACAACCUUCGUCAGUGUGCGGAAUUCUUUUUUCUUUCUUGAUUUGCAUAAAAUCAUAAAAUAUGAUUUAAGUAAAAUGUUUAAGUGUAUUCUGUUCUCUGUGAAUCACUUUGUAACUCUGUGUUGGGCAAA